AUGGAACAAAGGUUACGUCUUGAAACUUCAGUAGAUUGUUGUCAUUGCAUAGUUCUAAGUUUAGGUGAACCAUUCUACUACCAGUUCAACAUCGCUCAAAAUGGUACUUAUCUGGUACGCCUACAUUUCUUAGCCUUUUCUUCCACCUCAAGUGAUCUCUCCACAGCUGUUUUUGAUGUUUUGGAUUCUACGAAUUUCACACUGUUGAACAAUUUCACUGCCAAGAAUAGUACUAGUUCUCCUUUGAUAAAGGAGUUCUUUCUCAGAAUCAAUACUACUGACUCAUUUAGACUGUAUUUUACACCCCGGACAUCAUCUUUGGCAUUUGUAAAUGCCAUUGAAUUCUUAGCCAUCCCUUCAGAUUUCACCAACUUCAUUCCUGAGAAUUACACCAGUAAUUUCCAUUUACAGAAAAUUUACAGAGUGAAUGUUGGGGGCCCUUCACAAAAUGAUACAUUGUGGAGAAGCUGGGAAACAGAUGACACUUACCUGCCUGAUCCAAACUCUGCUAAGGAAAGCAACAAAGGUACCCUUGGUAGUAGAAUUUACAACGGAGAAAUUGAUGGUUUGGUUGCAUCUAAUGAGUCUGUUGCCCCGGAUUGGGUUUACCAGACUGCUAAAGUACUGAUGAAUAUCACUGCUAGCGGGCCAGCCAAUUCCUCCAACAUAACUUGGUCUUUUAGAGUGAGUGGGAAUGCUAGACACAUUGUCCGGGCUCACUUCUGUGACAUUAUUGGUUCGCCGCCUGGUAACAUUAGAUUUAACUUGUAUUCAAACGGCAACUUCCGCAAGGAGAUCGGCGGCAUUUCUCAAUCUGUUCCUUUCUACUAUGACUUCGUGGUGAAUUCUAGUGAGUUUGAACUCAUUAACAUCAGCAUAGGACCUAGGAAUGAUUCUUGGGAACAAAAUGCAUAUCUAAAUGGUCUGGAAAUAUUGGAGAUAGUGGAGGGAUUAGCUCCAAUUCCUAAUGUGAGAGAGUCCAAGAAGAAUAUUGUGGCUCCUGUGGUUGGUUCAGUUCUUGGAGGCCUGUCACUCAUCUGCGUUUUAAUAGUUGGAUUUGUGUUCGGUUUCAGACACACAAAGGCGAAAAAACGUGUGGAAACUUCAGUUUGGUCACCAAUGCCUGCAAAUGGAGGAGGGAGUUCUCACGGCUCCCCUCUCAAUCUUAAUUAUCUUGGGUUGAAGAUAUCUUUUAAUGAAAUUCAGUCUGCAACAAACAACUUUAACACAAAGUUGGUGAUAGGUAAGGGUGGCUUUGGGAAUGUUUAUAGAGGGAUUCUCUUGAAUGGUACAAAAGUGGCUGUGAAGCGAGCUUAUAAGCGAGAUGAGCAUGGAUCAGGUUCAGGCCAAGGUCUCCCAGAAUUCGAAACAGAAAUCAUAGUGUUGUCGAAAAUCCGCCACCGCCAUCUUGUCUCCUUAAUUGGUUAUUGUAAUGAAAGGUCUGAGAUGAUACUAGUGUAUGAGUUCAUGGAAAAAGGGACGUUGAGAGAUCAUUUGUAUGAUUCGGAUGUGCCUCGCUUGUCAUGGAAGCAAAGACUUGAAAUUUGUACUGGUGCAGCAAGGGGUCUUCAUUAUCUCCACACAGGUGCAGCUGGGGGAAUCAUUCACCGUGAUGUCAAGUCCACCAACAUAUUGCUUGAUGAAAACCAUGUAGCCAAAGUUGCAGAUUUUGGCCUUUCGAGAUCUGGAGCUCUCGAUGAAACGCAUGUCAGCACCAAUGUUAAAGGCACUUUUGGUUAUCUUGAUCCUGAGUACAUGAUGUCUGAACAGUUGACAGAAAAAUCUGAUGUUUACUCAUUUGGUGUAGUUCUACUUGAAGUGUUGUGUGCAAGACCAGCUAUUGAUCCAACGCUUCCAAGAGAGCAAAUGAACUUGGCUGAAUGGGGAAUGCUUUGCCAGAAAAGAGGGCUGCUUGAAGAGAUUGUUGAUUCUCCACUAAAGGGUCAGAUUGAUCCUAACUCACUGCGUAAGUUUGGUGAGACGGUUGAGAAGUGUUUGCAAGAAGAUGCAUGUGAUAGGCCAACAAUGGCUGAUGUGCUGUGGGAUUUGGAGUAUGCAUUACAGCUUCAGCAAACAACAAAGCUUAAAGAGGCUCAUGAGGACAGCACAACCAUUGAUGCUUCAUCAGCAGCAUUCGCUUUGCCAAAUGUUCAGCGUUUUCCUUCACUUGGUUUGACGAGGAAUGGAGAUGAUAUCAGGGAAGCUGACUUGGAGACGACAGAAAGUGAAAUUUUCUCUCAAUUGAAAAUUGGUGAUGCCAGAUAAAUAUGAACUUUGUCAGGUAACACUACUCUUGUUUAAGUUUCUUUAGCCUGUAGAAGUAAGUUAGAUGUACCUUAUUAAUUAGAAUCGUGUCUUUGAUUUCAUCAGCACCACUUUGCCAUCUCUAAGAUGUGAUAUAAUAGUAUUAAUUGUGUAAAAGUAACAUAUGGCAGACAUUUGACUGUUCUCCUUGAGACUCUACUUCAAAGACCCUUAUACUCUCAUAGCCU